GACGAACCUAAGAGUUUCUGUCGUGUCAACAGUUGCGAUCUUCCACCAACUCUCCACCAUGACGCCCAAAACUCGCCGGAUCGCUGCUGUACGUGACACGGGUGAGCGUUCGCCUUUGCUCCACGACAAACGGCAACCGGAAACGUAUGUGGCAAUUGCCGAUACCUGCAAAGACUUCCCAAACGAAGCAGAUCCCAAGAUCGCGCAAGAACUGCAAGUGUUGCUGUCACUAGUCUACCCCGUGGUAUUGACAACGGGACUGGAAUUUUUGCCAGGCUUCACAUGCAUUAUCCUAUCCGGGCACAUCGACUCUCCGCACGCGCAGCAAUUUGUGGAUGCCGCUACUCUAUCCACCAUGUUCAUGAACAUCACAGCUUUUUCAGUGGGUUCGGGGCUAUCGACAGCAUUGGAUACGCUGUGUUCACAGGCGUAUGGCGCCAACCGAUUCGACAAGAUCGGAGUGUAUUUCCAAACAGGAUGUCUGGUCGUUGGGGCUUGCUUUGUGCCAAUUUUCCUGUUAAACUGGUAUUCCGGGGAGAUUUUGUUGCUCGUGGGUCAAGACCCGGAAGUGGCAAAGUUGGCGCAAAAUUUCUCGCGUUGGGCAAUUUUUGGCGUGCCUUUUGUAUUUCUUUACAAACUAUUUCGAAAAGUUUUGCAGGCACAGAAUAUCAUGAAACCUCUUGUGGCUAUCGCAGCAGUCGGUAGCUUUGUGAACGCAGUAUCCGGCUACUUGUUGACGUAUCAUACGUCGAUGGGGUUUGAGGGCAUCGCGUUGUCCAGAUCUCUUGGCAACAUGGCGUUGCCAUUGAUGUUAGUGCCGUAUUUUUACGGUAACCCACACCACUUUAAUCAGUGGUGGCGAGGCUGGAACUGGGGCGAGGCCAGAGCACAAGUGAGACUCUUUUUAAAGCUGGGCGUGCCUUCUUUUCUUAUGGUUGCAACGGAAUGGUGGGCCUUCGAGAUACUCACAUUGAUGGCUGGAGUUCUCCCGAAUGCGGUUGUAUCCGUCAGUGCUCAUGCAGUACAAGUGAAUUUGAACAAUUUGAUAUAUAUGAUAUUCUGGGGUUUGGCGGUAGCUUCAAACGUUCGAAUCGGCAACUGCCUCGGGGCUAAUUUGCCUAACCAGGCAAGACUUGCGUGUAAAGUGGCACAGCUAUUGACACUGGCGAUCUCGAUUGUAUUUGCAGUUACUAUGUAUUUGUUCCGGGGUGAAAUUCCACGCCUCUUUCUUACAGAUCGCGAGAGUAUUAAUCGAUCGGCGGGUCUAUUGGCAAUUUGGUCUCCUUUUGAGAUCCUCGACGGACAGAAUACGGUUCUACAAGGUGUGUAUCGCGGCCUAGGGAAGCAGAAAGUGGCUGCAACUGUAAGUACAGUGGCUUAUUAUGCGUGCGGGAUCCCUGUCGCAGCGUUAUUAGGAUUCCGUUUGGCGCUGAGUGUGGAAGGUUUAUGGCUCGGAUUUGGUUUCGGUGUGUUUGUUUCUGUCUCGCUGUUGCUGUGCAUGUUACUGGGACGAUGGUCGUGGAAGGAACUUGCGGAGGAAGCGCAACAACGUACAGCGUAAUACCUUCAGUAUUUGGUAACUAUGAUACAGCAAAGCAAUCCUGACACAAUCAAGUCCUGGAGUUUGACUUCAGCCUUCACGUCGUCUACUACCCAACUAGAAAGAAUACAGUACAGGAAAAACAAAAUCGCGGCCUUGUGAAGACGGUGGGCUAGCCUUGUUAUUGCCACUACAACCCGUUAAUUUUCAUAGCAUGACCGCGUG